UCAAUGUGACGACAGCUGCAUGCCGUUGACAGGCACGAAAAACCUGAAAACAAUCCCAAACUCCUCCAACAGCAACCUGUUGCGUCACUUGGUCCCAAUUCCGUCGCCGUUGGCGCGCACCCCGGUUCCCAUGGAAGUCUAGCGCGGGUUGUUUGGAGCGGAUAAAUUACUGAGAAAAUUUUCCACAAAAAUUCCGAAUCUUUUGAGAGGUUGAAGAUUUGCAGUAGUUUCCGGGAAGUCUCGUAGCGAUGGACCAGAUCGAGGAGAGUGGCGAGGAUUCGCAGGCCCCGGAGUCCACCUUCGAGGAUGACCUCAUUCCGAAGGAUAUCACCGAUGACUUCUUCGAGGAGAUGUGUGCCAAGGCGAACCUGACGGUGAAAGACCUGCAGGGCAACCAGCAGUAUGCGCUGGCGGAGGACUUUCAGAAGUUGUUGCUCACCAGCCAGCAACUGAGGCAGCAGCUGCUCGACGAGCAGGACAAAAUCGCCAAAAUGCAGGACGAAGUUGCGGCGGCCGCUGGCCGAGUGGGCCAAGCGCUGGCCAUCUCCCAACGCGACCAGGACACGAUCCAGACGCUGCGGGCGGAAAUCGAGAGCGCCUGGAAGCGGGCCGAUGCGGCCCAAACGAGGGAGCAGGCGGCCCAGGAGACGAUGAACCAGAUGCGCGAAAAGCUGGAGAAGCUCUCCUCGGACUCGGACCGCCACGGGGACAAGGAUGACGAGGUUGGAGCUGCGAUGGGCAAGCACAAGGAGAGCAUCCUUCGGGAACGUGACCGACUGUUCGCCGAAGUUGAAGAACUCAAUCGGCGGCUUCACACCCAACGCGUCUACAUCGAAGAACUGGAGAACAAGUGCAACGACACCGAAACCAAGGUCAAGGAACUGUACAAGGUGCUGGACGAGACCUCGAACGAGGCGUUCCGCGACAAGCGCAUGCUGGAGAACCUGCAGGUUCAGCACGCGGAGGUGACGUCCGAGCUGGCAAUCAAAACCGACGAAGCGAAACACUUCAAGGCGCAAGCGGAAGCCAGCCACAAGACGACCGUGCAGCAGAACAUGCAGAUGGCCGCGAUCCGAACCACGCUGGAACGGCUCACCACGAGCAACAACCUGCUGCAGGUGAAGCUGGCGAAGGCGCAGGGUGACUUUGAAAACAUGGUCCAGCUGAAGGAAAAGGUCACCAACGAGCUCAACACCAAGGUGAACAUCCUGAAGCUGAAGGAGGACGAGAACAACAAGUUCCGGCUGGAGAACGCCAAGCUGACCAAGAGCAAGGAACUGCUGCAGAAGAAAAUACUCACGAUCGAGACGUCAAAGUGUACCGUGGAUCAGGAGGUGUCCAAGUUGAAGACCGUAAUCGUCACCUUCGAGAAGGAGCGAGAUGUUUCCAAGAAGGCGUUCGAUGCUUCCAAGAAGCAAGUCGAUGCGGUGCUUCGCGAGCGGGAUCUUGCCCGGAAGGAUCUUGCCAAAACCAACAAGACAAUCUCCGAUCUGCAGGAGCAGAUCAUUCUGCUGGAGAAGCAGCAAAAAACGCUGGAGAACGAAAUCAAGGGUCACAUGGCGGCAACGCAGAAGCAGAGCAUGGUGAUGAUGAAGAUCGAGAAGGAUCGCGACCGCAACGCGGAGGAGGUGCAGAACCUGUCGGACAAGCUGGAACAGAUGAACGAUGACCUGCUGUACAAGCAGAACCAGAUCGUGGAGCUGCGCGAGAAGCUGAAGGAAACGGAAUCGCGACUGUUCCAGUGCCAGAACUCGCUGGAGCUGACGCGCAGCGAGCGGAACAUCUUCGAGCGGGAUCUGGCGACGUGUAUGAAGGAAAACGACGGGCUGAAGGAUCGGCUGAAGUCGUCGGUGCACGCGGUCGAUCAGCUGAAGGAUGAGAACGCGACAAAGGUGGCGGAAAUGUUCAAGGCGAACAAAACGAUCGACAAGAUCGAGAAGGAGAAGCAGUCGCUCAAGUCGGAGGUACAGAACAUAUCGAUAACGCUGCAGCACACCAAGUCGGAACUGUCGGAGAAGAUGAUGGAGAACUCCAGGUUGAACAAGACGCUGACGGAGGAUGCGGCGAACAUGGUGCGACUGAAGAAGCAGCUGGACGGAUCGAUCAACGAGAAGGAUCUGAUUAAGGUGCAGCUGACGCAGAAGGUCGAGGAGAUUACCGCGAUGACGGAGAAGUUAAACAUGCUGAACAUGGCGCUGGAUCGGGGCGAUCAGUAUCGCGAUCGGCUGGAUGACAUCCGACUGCUCAAGAUCGAGAUUAGCAACUUGCGAUCGCAGAGGAAUUUGCUGGCAAGGGGUUUGGCGAAUACGGCGGACAUGCGACAGGAGGUGCUCCAGCUGAACCGAGUGCUGAAUCAGGAACGCGUCAAGGCUCGGGCACUGGAGGACGAGAUGCUGACACCGAUGAACGUGCACCGCUGGAGAAAGCUGACCGGCAAGGAUCCGGAAAAGAUGGAUCUGAUCGUGAAGGUGCAAACGUUGCAGCGCCGAGUGCUGUACCAAUCGGUGACGGUACAGGAGAAGGAGAAGACCAUCGAGGAAUCGGAGAAGAUGUACGGCGAGCUGAAGGAAGUGGUGGAGAAGCUGCCGCACCAGAAGAUGAAGGAACAACUGUGUGCAACGCAACGGGUGCUGACGGCUAGAACGAAGAAGUUGAAGGCACUGUCAGCGGAGAUUCGUAUCAAGGAGGUGGACAGCAAAAGCCAAGAGUGCUUGGUGGAUGAACUCAAGAAGUCACUGCUGGAGACGAAGAAGGAGCUCGUGAGGGAGAAACGUGACAAGCAGAAGCUGGCGGAAACGGUUCGCUCGGCACUCGUUCCGGUUGGUUCCGGUGGUGGUGGGAGCCGUCGCGUUCAGUCACACCACGGAGAGGUGAUUGUGUUUCAGGCUCAACAGCGGCCCAACACCAACCACGGCAGCAAGAGUGCCGGCUAUCGGAUGAUGGGGUCCGGGUACAAGGUGACCUGCUAGAACGAGGACAGGGCAGUGAUUAGCGGCGACCAAUUACGAACGGAACGUUAUUGAAUUUCAGAUUUUCAACCUCCUUCAUCUGCAUACCGGGAAGGUGAGGCACCACCACAGGUGUCGUUCGCCGUUUCCUAGCAAUAUCUUUAAAUUUACAUUUUCGUAUCCAGUGUGUGUGUGUGUAUCAGGU